UAUUUAUGCGUAUUUACGUGUUUUUUUAUUUAAAACUCUAUAAGUAAAACAUAAGGGAAGUAAAUUAUCUUAGGUAGAAGACAAAAACUGAACAAUGGACCUCAAUGUAAUGGACAAGCUACGGCUUCUGAAGCUAGACACCGAGCUUCGACCGCAAAUAAAAAUGAAACCCAUGAGCCGCUACUACUUCACCGUCUCAACAAAUCCCGCCGAGCAGUUUUUCGUCUUCGCCUCCGUCGCCGCAUGGCUCAUUAGGAAAACUGGCAAACAGUUCGACCAGCCCAACGAGGAGGACGAUCCCAAUUCCAUAGUCGCGCUUAUAAUCGACGCUUUACGCGAAAAGGGCAUCAACAACGACUUCUCUACGCACAAACUGAAGCAGGGAUACGGGGACCAGGUCUGCUAUAUUCUUAACAAACUAGCGGACGAAGCUCUGAAGAAAGAAGACUUCGAGUGGCAGCAGCCGGUCGUAGACGCUCCCAACCCCGACGAAACAGCAGAAGACGUGGAUCAGAUUGAGGACGAAACGGAGAUACUUCUGGAUAAAGUUGAGGAGGAAAUGGAUGUAUAUUCUGAUGCGUCGGACGGUGAGCUUAAGGAAGAGGAAGAAAAGGAACCCACGAGUUUAUCGAACAAAAUUCAAGACUGGGAGUCGUGGAAAUUGGAGCUGGAGAGAGUAGCACCAGCGUUAAGAUUAAAGAUCACGGCUGACGGACGAGAUUGGAGAGCGAGGCAUGCGCAGAUGAGGACGUACAGAGACGAGUUAUUCGAGAGAUUCAAGAGUACUAGCACCCAGUUGAACAAGGUCCAUAGUAAUAUCUCCUCAGCCAUGGACAAAAUCGAAGCGAGAGAGAACAUUUUGAACGAGCAAUUCGCGCCUCUAAUUCGCGAGUACGGGGCACUUUUGGACGAGAUGAAAAAAGUCAACAACGAGUACAAGGAUAUAAACGCCGAGGUUGCGGAAAAGCAGGAGAUGUUGAAUGAGUUGACAGCUAAACUGGAAAAUAUCAAGCAACGCACGGAAUCCCGGGGGUCCUCUAUGAAUGAUAACGCUCCCCUCGUCACAGCCAAAAAGGCCGUGGAGACGCUAAAGAAAGAUAUUCAGGAACUGGACUUUCAAAUUGUCAUCCUCCUGUGGCUGCUUAUAUCUAAGGAAAAUCCGAAAUCUACUUUAUAUUUAACCGGUAUCGAGUCCACCGUUGAAAAUGAUAAUAUGUACUAAAGUCCAAACGGCGUAUCGAGGCACAAAACUUUGUAUAAAACUAGCUGA